ACGUGGUGUUAUCUUCGGUUGGGGGUUCUUCGCUCGGGCCCAUUUUUGGCGGUAUCAUUGCCGAUAAGUUGGACUUACAGUGGAACUUCUGGAUCCAGAUGAUCUUUGGAGUGGUAGUUCAGGUUCUUCACUUAUUGACGGUUCCCGAAACCAGGUCCAGUAUUUUGAUAGAUAAAGAAGCAGCUAGAAGAAGAAAAGAAGGUGAAGAUGACAACAUCUACGGCCCUGGAACCUUCAGAAAGGGUCUUUCGUUCAACGAAGUGUUCACUAUCUGGAAGAGACCUUUUGAGAUGUUUUUGACUGAACCAAUUGUGUUGUUUUUGUCAUUGUUGUCAGGUUUCUCGGAUGCCUUGAUCUUCAUCUGUAUGGAAUCGGUGCCCUUGGUGUUUGUCCAAUGGGGAUUUUCAAGCAUUGCCCAAGGGUUGAUUUUCUGUGCCAUCAUCAUCGGAUAUUUCAUUGCGUACUUUUUGCAUCUUCCUGAUAUCGCCAGGCAGUUGAAGAUCUUGAAGACAGACGGUGAGGCUGCCAGAUUGGCGGAAAGACGACUUUUAUUACUUUUGUUUUUGGCUCCGUUGGAACCUAUUGGAUUGUUUGGGUUUGCGUGGACUUCGUUCGGUCCAAGCCAUUCACCUUGGAUUGCACCCGUGAUUUUUUUGACACUAAUUGCCAUUGCAAACUUCUCCAUUUACAUGUCCACCAUCGACUAUAUGGUAGCAGCCUAUGGGCCCUAUUCGGCCUCUGCCACUGGUGGUAACGGGUUUUCAAGAGACCUUUUGGCAGGAAUUGCAGCCAUGUACGCGGGACCCAUGUAUAAGAAAAUGAGUCCUAGCCACCCAUACCAAUGGGCCAGUACAUUUUUAGGGUUGGUGGCCAUAGUGGUGGCCAUCCCCAUUUAUGUUUUUUACUGGAAAGGUCCCGAAAUUAGACGGAGAUCCAAGUUUGCCCAGACCUUGGCUGCUGAUAAGCAGUUGAGAAGGGAAAAGUCGUUACGGAACUUCAGCGAAGACGAAGAAGAGAUCGAGUUUGAUGACUUGAGUCCAACCCCUGAGUCUUCUCAACCUGCUCACUUGGCAUAGAAUUGUAAAUAGAUGUUAAAUAGAUAUGAAUGGAUUUAGUUGACGGUAAGCUUUCUGAUAAUGUCUUGGUGCUGGGGAUACUGGCUUACCAACUCGUCAUACUUAAACAACUCAAACUCUUCAAACACGAACCCUGGGGCAACCAUACACCCAACCAACGCAAACCCGGUGUCGACGCUGGAACCAAAGAUAACACCCUUUGGCACUGCAAACUGAAGAACUUCCCCAUUCUCUACGUCUUUGCCCAACCUCACCGCUUUGUACUCUCCGUCCGGAUAAAUGCAAUGAAUUGUCAAUGACUGACCUUCGUGGAAGUACCAGAGUUCAUCAGAUGCAAUUCGGUGAAAAUUCGAUGGAUUAGUGUCUUCUAAGAUAAAAUAGAUGCUGGUACACAAAGCCACAUCAUUACCUUUGUUGGACUUGACGAUAUCGGAUGAUCGAUAACUCUCCAUAUAAUACCCCCCUUCCGGGUGUUUUUGCAUGUUUAAGGCCUUGGCCCACUCUGCUGCUGUUUUCACUGUCAUGAAGAUAAUAAUUGAUGUGCAGAAGCGGCUGGACUCUAUUCCACUGGUCCAAAGAUGAAAUCGUUAAUCGGGUGUUAGAGCUUGAACACGAGCUUCAGGAGUUUCAAGACUCGAGCAAAGAUUUAGAAAAGGCGUUGGAAGACGAAUUACAGAACCUAGAAGAGGAGAAUGCCCGGGUGUCCAAGGACGAUGCCAUCAAGACUGAAACGAUCAAAGAGUUGAACUUGAAGAUCAAGUCUUUGAAGACCGAAAUUAAUGAACUCAAUGACAAGCACAAUGAUGAGAAAAGGGCAUUUGAAACAGAAAUAAUGGCCAUGAAGCAGCAACUUGUAGAAGUGGAGAUCACAAAUGAUAAUAUGGAGUCCAAAGAUCGACUCAUUAGUAACAAGUUAGAAAGCUUGAACCUGUUCAACAUGGAAUUGUUGGAGAAGAUUGCAUUACUAGAAAACGACUUGUACCUAGAGAAAAAAAUCAACACCGAGAAGAAUUUGCAUAUAAUAAACUAUGAAAACACCAUCAGUGACUUGAAGGGCAAAAUCCUAUUUUUGGAGAAGAAACAGUCUUCAAACGAUGAUCAUGAUAUAACAGAGGUGGACGUGCUGUAUUUGAGCAUGAAAGAUGUCUUGAACGCCGGACCUCCCGUAUCUCCCUAUGUCAAUAAUAUUGGUAUGAAAAAGUCAGACUCUUUGAAAAAAUUACAUGAUCUACUGAUGCGAUCCGAAGGCCUAUCCCAUAAGUUCAAAAACCUACGGAGGGAUUCUUUGUAUUUGAAGUCACCUCCGACAAAGUCACCUUCGACUACCCAAUUAUCAAACCAUCUUCACAUUACUAAGUCUACGCAUGACAUACUUAAAAUGAACCAGACUUCAAAUGACCCGGUACAGUUUGAAAAGUCCAAGACUUCAAAGAACCUCACCCAAAUGCUCUAUAAAGAGUCUGGAGCGUUAGAAACAAUUGCUGCAUCUCCUAUUUCAAGCAAACCGAGUGCUAACCAAGGAAACGGGCAGGUCAAGGAACCUCUGAGGAAGAAGAAGUCCAAGCGAAGUAAUAUCCUUGGGGGCUGGUUCCACUAAUGGCAUCAAUAAUAGCAAAUAUACGAAACAAAAAGAAA